CGAUUCUGCUGGUCUUAUCUGUUUACUAGCAUAUUCUAUCAUAUAAUUGAAUGCGGUGUAUGAUAUACACUAAUACACGGGGCGCACGCAAUAACUUUCGGACGGUAGAGAGGAGAGCGCAAACGCAGCACGAAAGCUGAAGCGUAGAGAAGACUGAUAAUAGAUCAGCAACCGCCUUCAGAAAAUCAAAAUCCCCCAAACUUUUCCGUCCUCCCAUUCCGUUUCGAUCCCUAUAACUCCUCCUCCUUCCCUCUCCAUUCCUUCUUUUUCUUUUUUAGGGUUUCUUAAUUUGUUUAUUGUUGUCAUAAUCCGAUGGGUGUGACCCCCUCCAAGGAGCGGAGUCGGUAUUGGGAUGAGCAGAGCUUCAACGCCGCCUCCCCCCCGCCGCCGCCGCCGCCGCCGACGACGACGACGUACGACUUCGCUCCGCCGCCGCCCACCACGACGACGACGUCGUACGGCUACGCGCCGGCGACGACGUACGACUACGCCCCGCCGCCGCCGCCGACGACGACGUACGACUACGCGCCGCCGCAGUACGAAUACGCGGCCCCGCCGCCGCGGCCGCCGGCGGAGACGACGACGACGACGACGACGACGACAGCGACGACCACGGCGUAUCGGCGGAGGGCGCUGGAUCGGAGGUUUUCGAGGAUCAGCGACGAAUACCACACCGUCGAACAGGUUACUCAGGCACUUGCACAAGCUGGACUAGAGUCGUCGAACCUUAUAGUUGGCAUUGAUUUCACAAAAAGCAAUGAGUGGACUGGUAAAUAUUCAUUUGGAGGGCGUAGUUUACAUCAUAUUGGUGAUGUGCCAAAUCCCUAUGAACAAGCAAUCUCAAUAAUCGGACGAACAUUGUCCAAUUUUGACGACGAUAACUUGAUCCCGUGCUUUGGAUUUGGAGAUGCAUCAACGCAUGAUCAGGAUGUCUUUAGUUUCUACCCAGAUGGGAACCCAUGCAAUGGGUUUGCUGAGGCUCUGGCUCGAUACAGAGAGCUCGUCCCACAUGUUAGAUUAGCUGGCCCUACUUCCUUUGCUCCAAUUAUAGAAAUGGCCAUGACUAUUGUGGAAAAGAGUGGAGGACAGUACCAUGUUUUAUUGAUAAUUGCUGAUGGCCAGGUUACUAGGAGCGUAGAUACUGAAACUGGACAGUUGAGUCCCCAAGAGCAACAGACUGUUGAUGCUAUUGUGAAAGCCAGUGAAUUCCCUCUGUCCAUCAUUUUGGUUGGAGUUGGGGAUGGCCCCUGGGACACGAUGAAGGAGUUUGAUGACAACAUUCCAACACGAUCCUUCGAUAAUUUCCAGUUUGUGAAUUUUACGGAGAUAAUGUCUAAAAACAUUCCGCAAUCAAGAAAAGAGGCUGUGUUUGCUCUUGCAGCUCUAAUGGAAAUACCUUUGCAAUAUAAAGCGACAUUACAAUUGGGGAUCUUAGGUCGUCGUACUUCAAAGUCACGAGGGAGGGUUCCUCUCCCACCACCCAGUGGAAGUUAUGGUGCAUACUCCUUUGGUACCGAAACUUCUAAACCGACUAGUUUCCCUCCGAAUACAUCGCUAUAUCCCAUAUACGAGAAUACAACUACAGCUCCUUCCGCACCUGCUACUUCAUGGGAUGAUCGGGUGUGCCCUAUUUGCCUCGUGAACCCGAAGGACAUGGCUUUUGGUUGUGGGCAUCAGACUUGCUGUGAGUGUGGGGGAAGCCUCGAGUCAUGCCCCAUCUGUCGUAGCCAGAUCCAAACAAGAAUAAAGCUAUACUGAGGCGGUAACUGGUGGCGAUCUUGGUUGUGCUUCACGCAACAUAAGAUCAAGAUGUCAUUAAUCAAUUACAGGUAGUUUAUCUAAAAUCAAUCCGGUUUGAGGUCAAGAUGAUUGACUGAGUAUUGUACACCUUUUGUACAUAAAAUCUCUUAUUAGGGCUUCUUCAAAUAGUAAAGCUAGAGGUUUCUUCUUUUCUUCUUUUCUUCUGAUUUAAUUCGUUCUGACAAUGUUUUUACUUUUAAGUUGUUGUUUGAUUGUGGUUGAUAUAGAUGAGACGGUGUUCAUUCAUGAGAUCGAUGUAAAUGUUGUCAAAUCAAAAGCAAUUUCUUCUUCGGUUUCUAGUAAGGAGUCUUGGAGGCAUGUUUGACCCUGCUGGAAAUUUUUUUUUUCCUGUUUUAGGAAGUGGCAAUUAAGAUUUAUCAUCUAAAUCCUAGCAGAAACUGAGUCAUUAUUGGAGCUUUUGUUUCUAAAAUUUGGAAGCUUAUUGUAGUUUUCUGCCAUUGUAGGAGCUCUUAAGUCCUCGUUUGGUGGGAUUGUCUUUUUUUAUAUCUUUUUAAUAUAAAAAGUUAUAUGAUUGAAUGUG